CGAACCUCUAGUCGGGGCCAGAAGACGGCAGAGCAAAGAUGUCUCAUUUCGCCAUGACUGCCACCGCGAUCUUAGUGCUGGGCUGUCUCUCCGGCGCCCACGCCUGGGGUGGCCUCUUCAACCGUUUCAGCUCCGAUAUGCUGGCCAAUCUUGGCUACGGAAGGUCCCCGUAUCGCCACUACCCUUACGGGCAGGUGGAACCUGACGAAGGGUACGAGGCUCUGGAAAACAAUCGCAUCUCGAACGUGAUUGAUGAACCAGCGCACUGCUAUAGCUCCCCGUGUGUGACCAACGGCGAUUGCUGCGGCGGACUCCUGUGUCUGGAGACCGAUGACGGAGGACGCUGCCUAUCAGCGUUUGCUGGAAGGAAACUUGGCGAGAUCUGCAACCGAGAGAACCAAUGCGAUGCCGGGCUGAUCUGCGAGGAAGCUGCUCCUGGUGAGAUGCACAUCUGCCGCCCGCCUUCCACCGGCCGCAAGCAAUACAACGAGGACUGCACCGCGUCCAGCGAAUGCGAGAUCACCAGGGGACUCUGCUGCAUCAUGCAACGCCGACACCGCCAGAAGUCUAGGAAGAGCUGUGGAUACUUCAAGGAGCCCCUGGUCUGCAUCGGCCCGGUGGCCAUCGACCAGAUCCGCGAGUACGUGGAGCACACGACCGGCGAAAAGCGCAUCGGAGCUUACCGCCUCCAUUAGAAGCUUCAAACGCUGCGUCACCAGAAAUACCGCAUCGCAUUUAUUUUUUUCAAAAUAGAAGAUUCUCGAUUGAACAUCUGCGCGUCGGGAUCUGUUUGUGCGUUCAUUGGCAGCUUUUUUUAAAAUUCGUAAUCCACAAUAGCUGCGUAUUUUGUGGAUGCACGAUAAAAGGAAAUAAUUCUCGAAGAUUAUUUCUUUUAUUACAAAAAAAAGAAUGUCGGUAAACGGACAGAGUUUUGUUUUUAAAUAAAUAAACAAUUAAAAACUUUUUGGAUUACACUGUUUUUUUUUUUUAUAAAUCUUCAUGAAAUUCUUUCCAAGGAGCCAGGUUUCCAACUGACGUAUCAAUUCUUCCACAAAAAAAAGUGUAAUCCAAAAAAAAAAAACUGGAACGGUUAAAAAAAAUUAACGAAAACGCUCUGAAAAACGGCCAACCGAUCACGUAUGUCUACUUAUUUGAUUUAAAAAUAGGUUAUAAAGAUUUAAAUUUAAAAUAAUAAGAAAAACAAAAAAACUAAAAAAAAAAAAUUGAAAUUCCAAACUUAAGUUUAAAUUCUAUCCGUGUAGUUUUAGAAACGAUUUAAUUUCCAAAAAAAAAAAGCAUUAUAUAAAAUUUAUCGAUACUUAUGAGAAUGUUAUUAAAAAAAAAAA